AUGAAGCUGGCGGUUGUGUUUAUCGGACUCAUUGGGUUGCUCCAGGGUUUUACCUCUGCUGACACAAACAUCAACGUCAGCGAUGAUGACAACGUUAGUGGCAGUGGUUCACAGACAGUGAGCAUUGACAAUAGCCACAAUGUAGCCAAUGUUGAUAAUAACAAUGGAUGGAAUUCUUGGAACUCAGUCUGGGAUUACAACACUGGCUUUGCAGCAGUUAGGAUCUUUGCCAAGAAAACCUGCAUCGUGCACAAGCUGAACAGAGACGUUGUGCCUGGCCUGCAGGACCUUGAGAAGACAGCAAAAGAAAAGAGGGCAAAUGUACAUACUGGAUCUUCCCCCAAAAGCCUGCAGUAUCAAGUUGAACCCGAGGAAGUAGAAAACCUGACCCAAUUUGGAACUCCUAUUGAAACCAUGUGCAGGGGGCUUCGUACAUACAAAGCUGAGGAAGUUCAAGGGCAAAGCUUCUUGUUCUUUAGCGGCACAUGCUUCAGAGCUGAUGUCCUCGGGAUUGUGAACAUUUCUCUUUGUGGAGAGGCAACAAUUGCAUGAAGAAAUCACUGAAGACACAUCAGUCAU